AUGCGAGAGGCAAUGUGCGAACAAGACAAUGCGCGAAAGAGACAAUCUGCGAAAGAGACAAUCUGCGAAAGAGACAAUCUGCGAAAGAGACAAUCCGCGAAAGAGACAAUCCGCGAAAGAGACUAUCUGCGAAAGAGAAUCUGCGAAAGAGACAAUCUGCCAAAGAGACAAACUGCGACAGAUACCGUACGUUUUGCGAAUACGCCUAUAAUAACUCCUCUGAAAUUGUUACAGAAAGGUUCUAUUCCUGAUGUGUUGUCUUCGAAGCCUUCGAAAAAUUGUGAGUGUUAUACAGAUAAUAAAUUAUAA